AUGUCGUCUCUUUCAAAGGUGAACUUCAAAAUCCUUGACAUAUUCGGCAACAAUUACUUGUCUUGGGUUCUAGAUGCAGAGGUACAUCUAGGUGCUAGCUCACUUGAUAAGACUAUUACUAAGGACAAUAAGGAGUCCCAAGAAGAUCGUUCUAACGCACUAAUUUUUGUUCGUCAUCACUUGGACGAAGCUCUGAAGUCCCACUAUCUUAGGAUGAAAGACCCGUACACUCCGUGGACAAAGCUGAAGGAUAGGUUUGACCAUCAAAAAACGGUCAUCCUUCCAAGAGCUAGAUAUGAGUGGAUGCACCUUCGCUUACAAGAUUUUAAAAGCGUAAGUGAAUAUAACUCGACUUUAUUUCAGAUUGUCUCUCGUUUAAAACUAUGUGGAGAAACAAUUACUGAUGCUGAUCUUUUGGAGAAGACUUACUCCACCUUUCAUGCUUCAAACAUUUUGCUUCAACAAAAAUAUUGUGAAAGGCAGUUUAGGAAAUAUUCCGAGCUUAUCUCUUGCCUUCUAGUAACUGAGCAGAAUAACGAGUUAUUACUCAAGAACUAUCAAAGUCACCCAGCAGGUUCAAUAGUUGCUCCAGUUGCUCCAUAG